CAUUUAAAAUUUUGCAUCGACUCCAACACUUCAGCGAUGGAGAUUGCGAGCGACGAUGUCAUCCGCCUCAUGCAGCAGUUCCUUCGUGAACACAAGCUUUUCGACACCCUGCACUCGUUGCAACAAGAGUCCCAAGUAACGCUGCAGGCGGUGGACUCGGUGGACGCGUUGGCCCAUGACAUCUCCCUCGGCAAGUGGGACCAAGUGCUCACGCAGACCCAGCACUUGCACCUGUCCACGUCGUUCAUGAUCGACCUAUUCGAGCAGGUUGUGUUGGAACUGACCGAAGCGAACGAAGGCUCCAUCGCCCUGGAACUCCUCCGUCAAGCGCCGCCGCUUCUGGCACUGCAAGAGCGCGACAUCACGCGGUAUGGCCACCUGGAGCGCAUCACGCGGCUGCCGUCGUUCGACGCGCGCUUCGCGUACAGCGGCAUUCCCAAGGAAAAGCGCCGGGAAGAACUGGCGAAGAAAGUGCGCAAGUACGUGACGUCCGUGCCGCCGUCGCGCCUGCUCACGCUGCUGGGCCAAGCGCUCAAGUACCAGCAACUCACGGGGGUGUUGCCGGACGAGCUCGACUUGUUCCAGAACGCGCCCAAGCGGCUCAAAGUUGACCGCACCGAAGAAAGCAUCUCGAAACCAAGCGGCAAGAUCAAGUUUGGCAAGGCGUCGACGCCGCAAACGGCGCAGUUCUCCGUGGACGGCCGCAUGUUGGUGUCUGGGACCAAGGACGGGUUCGUCGAGGCAUGGGACAUCGACAAGUGUGCGCUUCGCAAGGACUUGGAGUACCAAGCUCGAGAAGAGUUCAUGAUGCACGACGACAGCGUGACUGCCCAAGCGUUCAGUCGCGACGGGGAACUGCUGGCCACGGCCACCGCCGAAGGCAAAGUCAAAGUGUGGAAGUUGGCUACGGGGCAAUGUUUACGCCGGUUCGAACACGCACACAGCCACAGCAUCCAUAGCAUUUGCUUUUCCAAGGACGGAUCGCAGCUGCUCACGGCGUCCUUUGACCAGCUUGUUCGAUUGCACGGGCUCAAAUCUGGCCAAAUGCUCAAGGAAUUCCGCGGCCACGACAACUACGUCAACUUUGCCACGUUUAGCCCUGACAUGACGCGGGUGCUGUCCACUUCGGCCGACGGCACCAUCAAGGUACGUACAUACACUGCCUCUCCCCACUAGUACCUCGUAUGUAUGCGAGUACUAGUAGUACUACUAGUCCCCCCCCCUUGCAUCAAAAUUCUACUCCCCUAGAUCUGGGACGUCAAGAGCGCCGAGUGCCUCAGUACAUUGCGCCCCCCUCACGCCCCCCCUGGCAUGGAAAUCGACGUUCUGGCGGCCGUCCCGCUGCCGCACAAACCGACCCAUGUGGUGGUCGUCACGCGCUCCAAGGUGAUGCACGUGCUGUCAUGGCAAGGCGAGUUUACCGACACCACAUACACCGACCCAUAUGGCGAUGUGGAAGCCAAGGGCGAGUUUGCGGCGGCGGUGACGAGUCCGCAGGGAAAGUUCCUGUACGCGCUCACAGACAAGGGCUACGUGGUGUGCUUCAAGACGGACACGGGCGUGCUAGACCACGCCAUGCAGGUGUGCACUGGCACCGUUCACGGUAUCGCACACCAUCCGCAUCGCAACGUGCUGGCCACGUACGGUAGUGACGGCUACGUUCGUGUGUGGAAGGCAUAGAUGAAUACACAAAACCUCAUCGCAGGACAAGUACUAGUAGUUAAUUGGAGAUCACGACGAGGGGAUUGCUUGGUGGUUGACGAUCCACUACAGUGAGAACGAUUG